GACGCCAAUGUCGCCAAAUCGGUUUCCCGGGCCAAGGGAACAUGGUUCGAAAAUGCUCAUGUAUCGCUGCCCCAUAUAUUCUAUAUGACAUAUUGUUUUGCGCAACGCUUCAGCCACCAUACGGUGCGGCUCGAAAACUAUGUUGGAGGUCCCUUAUCGAGUCGGACAAUUACUGACUGGAACAGCUAUUGUCGCGAGACAAUAGUUUUGUACCAGCUAGACCAGCAGCAAAGUGCAGGCAAAAUUGGUGGUCCGGGAAAAGUCGUCCAAAUAGACGAAAGUAAAUUUGGCAAAAGAAAAUUUAAUAAAGGUAAUAUUAAUUUAAAUAGGUGGAUUAUGUCCUUGAUUGAAGACGGCAGCGAAGAUCUUCGCUUGGUGGUGUGUCCGGAAAACGUGCGGUCUGCUGAGGUGCUCAUACCUCUAAUUCAAAAGCACGUAGUGGAGGGGUCUAUCAUACGUACCGACUUUUGGAGGGCGUACGAUUGCCUGCCGGAUUUCGGGUAUGAGCACCAGAAGGUAAACCACAGCGAUCCGGACAACCCGUUUGUGGCGCCAUAUGGGACCCAUACCCAGAGAAUAGAAUCUCCGUGGAGAGUGGUAAAAAGGUUCUUUUCUAAAGAUAAUUAUAACAACCGAUCACAUUUCGCAGACUCAGUAGUGGAAUUCUUAUGGCGUAAAGCCAUUCUAAAAAACAGGGAAGACCCUUUUACAAAGCUUCUCGAAACUAUAAAAUAUACAUAA